ACAGCUUUCGUGAAUGUUAACAGAAGAGACACAUUUUAUCUCGCCUGUCUCGGAAAAUUCACGUAAUCGAUAAAAAAAAUCGAUUAAAAUUAUUUUUUAUUCGAAAACUAUGUGCAGUAUUAUCUAGUCGAUUAGUGUUAAUAGUCUUUUUAUCUCAAACGUUUUAUAGUACAUACGAAUAAAUAAAUUAGUGAAUAUCGAGAACUUUAUUUUGGACUACCAGUUUGAAUAUUUAGUAGAAGUAGCGGGAAGUGCUUUGUUUUCUACCAGGUUUUAAAAAAACUGUGCAAAGUGUCGCGACAAGAGGAAUAUCUUUUCGGGACUAGUCCUCAGAAACCUGUGAAAAUCUCCAGCAUCAAAACGACUCUCAUACCUGAAGAAACCGCCGGGUACGGUGCGGCGUGUGGUAUAUUCAGUCACAUGAAUAUGACAGGAUAUUUGAAAACACCCACCGGACCCCACGGGCAUUUCCCGUCGCAUCCCAGUCUGAGUUCGGGUUUGGCUGGGAUGACUAUGCCGACAUUGGGACCAUUUGGAUUGACACAUCAUCUAGAACCGGCUACAUUCCCUCAAGUUUAUUCAUAUUUUGCAGGUGUGAAUCCUAGAAAGCAGAGAAGGGAAAGAACAACUUUCACACGAGCUCAAUUGGAUGUUUUAGAGGCCCUGUUCGCGAAAACAAGAUAUCCUGACAUUUUCAUGCGGGAAGAGGUAGCCAUGAAAAUAGCUUUACCAGAAUCUCGUGUCCAAGUCUGGUUUAAGAACCGUAGAGCUAAAUGUAGACAACAAUUGCAUCAACAACAUCAGAAAGACUCGAAUAGAAAUAAGACGAACAAAGCUAAUACCACCAAAGUACCGCCGCCUAUAUCGGUUACUACGAAUAACACAACGGGCGCGGCUGCUGGUUCUCCGAAUAUUCCAGCCCCAACUACAUCAACUUCACCUCCAGUAGUCACCGUUAAAAAAGAAACGUCGCAUGUACAAAAUUAUAAAAACGGCAAUGCCACACCGCUUGGAAGUAACCCUUCUAGUGUUAUAACUACGCCUUCUCCACCUAUAACUCCUGGUAGUAAUCCAGGAAGUAAUCCUCCCGUAAACACAGCUUACCAUGAAGGUUACAACACUUUCAACUGGCAUACAAAUGGACACAACUCAUCUCCCCAUCAUUAUUAUAGCCAAAGCUACAACCAUCCUUAUUAUACUCAAAUGGAUUAUUUCAAUCAACAGAAUCCACAGAAUCAGGUACAGAUGGGAAAUCACAUGGGAGGUACUUACCAAAUGGGUAACUAUUCUGGUAUGACCAUGCCAGCAACGCAUAACCAAAAUUUCAGCAGUCAAAGACAUCCGACAGACUGUAGUUUGGAUUAUAUGAAUCAAAUUGUUUAGUACAAAUAUGUUAGGACAAUCUGUAUAUAAGUGCAUAUCAACGUGUAAAUAAAAUUAUAAUUACGCGGAUCUAAAACUCUGCAAUGUACAAAAAACCGAAUAUUUUGUAUAUAAUUAUGUAAAUAAUUCAAAUAUAAUGUAUUUGUAAAAUUUUAAUUGAAUGAGACUUUUUUUGUAACGGAUGUAAUAAUUAUUCAUUUUAAAAUUAUCAAUUAAAUAACACGCGUAAGUGAAUUUCGAAAAUCUAGCGUAAUAUCACGACAUCCUUAUAAAAAAAUUAUCUGGUGUAUAAACAGGGUGUUCGAUUAAUAAAUGGAAAUAUUUCAAUGGUUUCAAUUUUGUGCUUGAAAUAUUUAACUUUAACCUAAAUUAAUUAUUAAAUAAAACUGAAAACUACUCGACGUGGAAAUGCCAGAAAAAAACCUGGACAAAACAAAACUUAUUUCACUAAUCAAACAAGAGCAAAAAAACUUUAUUUACACUCUCAAAACCUGAAGCUUUCAGAGAGAAAAAUAAGUAACAAAUUACAAAAAGAAGUAAAUUACUUCGCAGGAACUUUCUUAGCUUCGUAUUUUAUCGCAAAAAUUUUCUAGCAAUUACAUAAUUUCGUCAAAAACUAGACAGUUAAUUUUUUAAAAUUAAAGUAGUUAUAAGUUUCUCUUUAACCAAAAACAGGAGACGUUUAUUUCUUUUUUUUAUCCACUAGACAGCGGCAAAUAAAAAUAUUAUCUCCACAUGGAUAUUAUGAGAUCGGAUUGUGAAAUUGAAUUACAAAAUUCACCAAAAAAUUUAGCAUGAUCUUGAUUUAAAUAUAGUUUGAGGGCGUAAUAUCAUUUUGAGGGAUUAAACUCGUAUAGUGUAAGUACUAAAAUAGUUUAAUUUGUAGAAAACGUUUCCAUCUUUUCUGUCCAUACUACAAUUAACACAUUUUCUUCUUAAAGACAAAUAAUGUUUCUAAAGUUUCAAUCCGAUUGCACACAAAGUCCAAUAUAAAAAUCCGUCGAAAAUAGUUUCUAGUGGGUUUUCGGGUUACUGAAAAUGAGCACGGGGGCGCUCGGGGAUGACUGUAAGAUAAUGGAGAAAAUAACCGCCGAGCACGCCCGUAGAACUAUCCCUGGAGAAUUCCAAUGACAGAAUUAACCUCAGCAUGCCCGAAACCCGAUUUGUUAGCAAUUUUUCCAAUCGUUUCAAAAGCAAAGUUUUUAAACUUUUGUAUCAGCAUGAUUUUCAAUCCACUUUAGACUGUCCACCAUGGAUCUAUAUCGUAUGGUAGAGCAAUGUUGCUUCUACAGCUUUUAUUGACUCGGUCCUUCAAGAAGUUACCACAAAAUUCUUGUUUCCGUUAUUUGGUUGUUAUUAUUAAUCUGGCCUUUAUGUGCAAUUGAUAUUGAAGAACUGCAAAUCACCUUGCCAAUGUUCAUCUAUUUUGAACCCUUUAAAACUAGCUACCUAUCCGUUUUAGUCAUUUUUUGACAUUCUGUUAAUUCGAAUUGAGAUUUCAAGACGAGUUAGAAUUAUUAUCACGGAUGGAAACUGUCUCAUCGCAGUUGCUUUUGAUUUAUCACUGAAAACAACGCAAAGGACAAAACGUCGUUAGAUUGAAGCUUGUUUGAUGAAAGGGAAUUGUGAUUGGUUGAAUAACUUGUAUGGAUGAAGAUACAUAUCUCCUACUACUUGGUGUCAUCUAGUUUGAACAAGCAAAAUACUGAUAUAAGAACGGCUGUAGUUUAACAUGAGGAGCGACGUGAAAUAUUGAGAUUUUUGGUGAUCGGGACUACAUAGUGCUCAAGCUUGUUUGAGAAGGUGUUGAACAAAAGAUUAUAUCAUCAUAAUUCGUCGUCGUAUUCUCUGAAAUUCUCCAAUAGACACGUUUAGGCGAUCUCUCUUUUGUUUGAGUUAUGAAUAUUAUGACUUAUUGAUUUAAAACCUACGAAUAGCCUAAGGAACGUUUCGUUUAUGAUUCAAAAUGGUUACAUAACAGAGCCAUAAUAAAUUGUGGUUUGUGCAUAGAUCAGAUAAUCUAUUGUGUGUUUGUGACCACAAAUUAAGAUGUAGUAGACACGUAAACAAAAGUGGACACGAAUUAGACUGACUACAUCGUGCGAAAGUCGUGAUGUCUCUAAGAAAACACAUUUUGCUCAGGAUUUGUCGGCCUUAGCAAUCUUUAGACGCCUCAAUUAAAUAUUUCUGGUCAUAUCAAAAGACAUAUGACAUAGACAAGUAACCAGAAAAGUCAGUUAAGUGGAUACAAAUAUAUUUCGAUUAAAACCUUGUAAUUCGGUAAGAUCCACAUUUUUAUUUAAGUGGGUUGGAACUUGAUAUAUAAAAUAAGCGUUUACGUGGUGGAAUUGUCGCAAAAUUAUACACCAAAGUGUACUAACUCUAAUAUAUUUCCGAGCUUUCGAAUACUUUUUACAUUUUGUAAUAUAUUUUGAAAAACAUCAUCUUUAAUACUCAAUAUUCUAAUUGAUAUACAUAUUGAUUCAACUGGACCGUAGUACGGAGUUCAGUGCUCUAAUCAUUUGUAUUCAAAUUAUAAAUCUUCUUUUUCUGAUCCAAUACAUUUUUUGCAUAUUGACCUUUAACUCUCAUUUUUUGAAUUUUGAUAUUAGUCGACGAGUAAUAAAGUCCAAAUUAUCUUAAUCUUGAGAAAUUACAAGAUGAUUAUCCUUGUACAAAGUUAUAUAAUCACUAAGUCGGAUACCCAUUCCGUGGUACCAUAUCCUCCCAAUGUCUUAAAGCUUCAUCUAAAUAGAUUUUCAAUAGCGUUUUGGAUAAGCUACAGCUUCCUUUACUUUCCUUUGUUACAAUGAAGCUAGAACUGGUUCUUUAUUUUGAUUGUUUCUGUACUGCCCGAAACAGAGUUACGUUUUAGGGAAGUCUUUUCAAGCACUUGCCAGAGUUUACUAAGAGAAACGUUGUCUAAGCCUUUUGUUAAGUCAACGAAAAGCAAAUGGGUGUUUCUACCUGUUGCAAUUUUUUUUUCUCAGUCAACUGGUUCAGUGUGAAAAUAUGGUGUAUACCUCCACAUUCGAGAGUUAAAAUAUUUCCAGUUAAUAAUUGCACAUCUUAUAUUUUCUUUUUAAAUGUAUGAAAUGAAAAUUCUUCUGCAAAUGUUGGCACAAACGAAUAUAAUUUUAUAAAUAAUUGCAAUUAUGGAAAGUCGAAGUCAAACAUAAAAAGAAAAAUGUGUUAACACACAUAUUUUUGUUUUUCUCUUAAUCGGUCUAACGCUAUUGAUUCCUGAAUUAUAAAACUAUCUAACUUUUUUAUUUAUUUUAUUUUAAAUACUUUUUUCUUUGACAUACCACCUUAUUCUUUGUUUUUUGAAUUGAUUCUCUAAGCAAUAUGUACUGCUAACUUGUUUAUUAAUUUUUAUCGUAAUUAUAGCUUAAAUUUUUUUGACUAUAUAGUUUCAAAUGACGACAGGCGCGGCAUGGAAUUAAAAAGGAGGAAUCAAUACAAAAAAUUUGUAAUUUUUGACACACUGUAUAUCAAAAACAAGUGUAUAUUGUGAACAUUUGAAUAAUGUAUAUAUACAAAGAUAUUAUUGGCUUCUAAAUUGAACAAAAAUUAUAUAAUGUAUCUACA